UAGCAGUGCAGAUCGAGAUAUUGAAGAUAACUGUGGAGCUCUAUCGUUACAUUCGUGAUAUAUUCAAAACUCGCACAGAAACAGGCGUCAUCUUUGCAGAAGAUUCACAAGAAGAAACGAUUACUAUGACUCUUCGGGGCAAGAAUGCAGUGGUUACGGGUGGAGCUGGCGGAAUCGGUCUCCAAGUGUCCAAGCAGUUGCUGGUAGCGGGCAUAGGAAAAAUCGCCGUCAUAGAUGUGCAGGACAAUAUGGAGGAGUUUGUGAAAUUACGCAAUGCGCAUGCCAUGCAGAGCGUCAUGAUCAUUAAAAUGGAUGUAUCCAACAAGAAGGGCAUAGAGGCCAGCUAUGAGGAGAUCAAAAAGACCUUUGGCAGCAUUGACAUUGUGGUGAAUGUGGCUGGCAUCUUCAAUGACAAGGAUGUGCAACGCACUUUGUUAGUGAAUCUGGGUGGCAUUAUCAAUUCCACCUUGAGCGCCUUGCCAUAUAUGAGCAAGGAGAGUGGCGGCAAUGGUGGACUUGUGGUCAACAUGAGCUCCGUCGUGGGAUUGGAUCCGCUGUUCAUUAUUCCCGUGUAUGGAGCAACCAAAGCAGGCAUUAUCAACUUUACGCGUUGCCUGGGCAACGACAAGUUCUAUCAGCGCUCUGGUAUCAAGUUUUCAACGGUUUGUCCCGGUGCCACUAUGACGGAUAUGUUCACCAACUUUACGGAGAAGAUCAUCUUUCCAGAGACGAGCGAUGAGACGUACAUGAUUCUGGAUCGUUUGAGCAAACAAAGUGCCACCGAUGUUGCUCGCUGCAUUCUGAAUGUGCUGGAGAAGGAGAAGAAUGGCGCCGUCUAUGUAAUCGAGGGAAAACGCAUUGUUCCCAUAGAUAUGAAGCCCUAUUGGACGGGCAAGGAACCAGCUCUCUGAACUGAUGAUGUAACUAACAAUGCAGACAGCACAAUAUUAACAAAUGAUGUAGAAUUUAAACAAAUGUCAAGGGUAGUCUUUAAUAAACAAGCAAGCAUACUGUAA